AUGAGUUUCUUGAGGGGUCUAUUAGGUGGUCUUCUUCUUGCUAUGGCAUUUUUUGUAUCUGAUGGGNGGGGUCUAUUAGGUGGUCUUCUUCUUGCUAUGGUAUUUUUUGUAUCUGAUGGAGACCCUUUGGUUCCAGCAUUGUGCAUCUUUGGUGAUUCUGUAGUUGAUGUUGGAAAUAAUAACAACUUAAGCACUCUCAUCAAGGCAAACUUCCCACCUUAUGGAAGAGAUUUUGUAACCCACAGACCCACCGGAAGGUUCUGCAACGGAAAGCUGGCCACAGACUUCACAGCUGAGUAUCUUGGGUUCACUUCUUACCCACCAGCUUACCUGAGCCGAGAAGCUAGAGGGAAAAGAAUUCUGACUGGCGUCAACUUUGCCUCUGCCUCUUCCGGUUAUUAUGAGAGGACUGCUAAACUAUAUCGUGCUCUAACGUUGCCACAUCAACUAAAAUAUUACAGGGUGUGGCAAAGGAAAGUAGUGAAUCUGGUCGGGAGGACCAAGGCUAACAACAUAUUCUCAGGAAGUAUACAUCUUAUAAGUGCAGGGAGCAGUGACUUUAUUCAAAACUACUACAUAAAUCCACUACUCAACAGAGUCUACUCACCUGAUCAGUUCUCCGAUAUCCUCAUGCAGUCAUACUCUACAUUCAUUCAGAAACUUGGGAUUGUUUUGGAACACUUGAGCACCACGUGGACUUACCGUGGAAAAAAAGAAAAAGCUGAACAUCAAUACACUAUCACAACCUUUACUCCUGAUACUGAGCCACAUCAAGAAAAUCAGAUCAAGAUCCAAUCCGCAUUUAAUACAGCAGCGAUCUAUGGACAGAACCUCUAUGGUUUGGGAGCAAGGAGGAUUGGGGUCACAACUCUGCCACCAACUGGUUGUUUGCCAGCAGCCAUUACUUUGUUCGGUGCAGGAACCAACCACUGUGUUGCAAGACUGAACAAAGAUGCAAUCUCUUUCAAUAAUAAGCUCAACCGGACAUCUCAAAAUCUAAAGAGCAAGCUUCCUGGCAUCAAGCUCGUUGUCUUCGACAUCUAUCAGCCUCUCUUUGAUCUGAUCACAAAACCUGUAGAAAAUGGAUUUUUUGAAUCAAGGAAGGCUUGUUGUGGGACUGGUAUGAUAGAAACAUCGUUCCUUUGUAAUGCCAGGUCCAUUGGAACAUGCUCCAAUGCUACAAAUUAUGUCUUCUGGGAUGGAUUUCAUCCCUCAGAAACAGCAAAUGAGAAAUUGGCUCAAAGUCUGUUGGAACAGGGCUUUGAGCUCAUCUCUUAA